AUGACUUGGGUCCUCAUGGCCGCAGCCAUCGUUGCUGCAUCCGUCGACUCUGACCUAGGACCUGAAACCUGUGAGAUUAAACCUCAUGCGCUGAGAUCUGGUCUUGCCAAUUUCAAAAAGCGCGACUUCAGCGGGCUUAUGGUCCAAGAGAUCGGAUACUACGACGAACUCCAAAGGAGAGGCAUGGGUAUGACGAUGUCCAAUCGUACAGAAUACCGAAUACCCUUGGCCAAAUUACACAGUACCUCUAGCCGCCGGCCCCUCGACAGCCCCACGACCAUCUCGUCGAACAUCACGGGGUCUAGGACUUCGAGCUUCGACAUCCAGUCCUUGUACUUCGGCUGCCUGGACCUCCUCCCCACCAACCCCACCGGGUGCAAGGUGGCCGUGGCCGGGUACGGCCGACGCGGCAACCUUAGUGCGUACCAGGCCAACUUCCCCCAACCCAGGACCAGCCCGCAGCUCUCAAUUAGCAUCUUACGCAGCACCUCACCUUCGUCAUACUCGCCACACAAUACACCAUUAUCACAAACACCUUACGAGGUGGUGUCAAAGUGUGACCUUCUUGGCGGCUAUCGUGGUUAUGGCAUUAGAAUAGCCUCAACAGGCUUUUAA